CAGACACCACACCUCCAUAAUUUGUUCAAAAUAGACGCCACCGAAAGAUUACAUUUUAGUCAUCAAGGACAGCACACAGAGAGCGUAUUUAUCUUCCCCAGGCAUAGCGGUAUGAUUUUUAUAACAGUUCUCCUAAUCUCUGGACUCCUCGUUCUCUUUUUGUUUGCUUCCAUUCGGUCGAGAUCAAAGAAUGAACCACCUUUAGACAAAGGCUUUAUUCCUUGGCUGGGCCAUGCCCUUGAAUUUGGAAAAGAUGCUGCCAAGUUUCUAACGCGAAUGAAGAAUAAACAUGGUGACAUUUUCACGGUGUGUGUUGCUGGGAACUAUGUGACCGUGCUGCUGGACUCGAGCUCCUACGAUGCUAUCCUCCAGGACACCAUUUCACUGGACUUUAACCGCUAUGCCCAGGUGGUGAUGCAGCGGAUCUUCUGCCUGCAGCUGCCCAGUGACAACCCUGCUGCACAGAGAGCCUGGAUGGAGCAACACUUUGAGGGAGAAGGUCUGGCUCGUCUUGGAAAAAUCAUGCAAGGAAACAUCCGUGCUCUGUUCUCCUCACCCGAGAUUAUCCAGAACCCGACAGACUGGAAAAAGGAGGGCCUCUUCAGCUUCUGCUACAGACUGCUCUUCAAGGCUGGAUAUUUCACCUUGUUUGGCAAGGAACAUGGCAACAACCAUGAAGAGCUGAAUACAGUCUAUAAGGAAUACCGGAAAUUUGACAGCCUGCUAGUAAAAAUUGCACGGUCGACACUAAAGUCAGGAGAUAAAAAGGUGGCCAGUGAAUUGCGCGAGAAGCUGUGGGUCCUCCUAUCGGCAGGGAAAGCGAAGUCCGGCUCCUGGCAGGAGAGCUACCGGCAGUUCCUGUGGAAGGAGCAGGCAGAUGAGGAGACGCAGAGGAGGGCAAUGCUGCUGCAGCUCUGGACCACACAGUGCAAUGCAGGACCUGCUGCCUUCUGGUUUCUGGGAUUCCUGCUGACCCACCCUGAGGCCAUGGACGCAGUGAUGAGAGAAAUCAACAGUCUCUCGCCACCGGUGGGAACACAGCGCCUCCCCUUGGACAAGCUACAGAAGACACCAAUAUUUGACAGUGCCCUGAGCGAGACGCUAAGGCUCACCGCCGCCGUCACCAUCAACAGAGAGGUGCUGCAGGCCAAGACCCUGCGCAUGGCGGACGGCCGGGAGUACAACCUCAGACAGGGGGACCGCGUCUGCAUCUUCCCCUACAUCAGCCCCCAAAUGGACCCAGAGAUCCACCAGGACCCAGAGAAAUUCAAGUACGACAGGUUCCUGAACGCAGAUGGGACAGAGAAGACAGACUUUUUCAAGCACGGGCGGAGAUUGAAGUACUACACCAUGCCGUGGGGCGCCGGGACUAAUGUUUGCGUUGGCAGACACUUUGCAGUCAGCGGAAUCAAAGAGUUCAUGUUCAUGGUGCUGACCUGCCUGGACUUGGAGCUGUGUGACCCAGGCUGUUCUGUGCCACCAGUAAACGUCAGCCGAUACGGAUUUGGCAUGCUUCAGCCAGACGGAGACAUUGAGAUCCGCUACAGGAUGAAAAGACACAGGAAAACCACAGAGGAAUUAACAUAAAAUGUUAAUCAAGUGAAUUAAAGCAUCAGAAGAAAUUAUAAUGGCUAGUGCAUAUUUGUCAUAAAUUCAGUGAGUUUGCGGUCUUAAAAUACCAAUUGAUGAACAAUCACUUGGUUAAUGAGGGCACUUGUGUUUGAUAUUUCUGAUCUGAAACUUGCGUGUGAUAAUUAUGAGGAUGUUAAUUUAAAGAACGUGAGAAUUUGCCCAGUUAAGGGAGAAAUAUAAAGGCACUACAUGACAGGAAAGUCUGAUAAUUUCAUUUUUUUUUUACAGUUUUUACGCAUGAAAUACUGUCAUUAUUUUUAUAUUAUUAUACUAUUAUUACAUAUAAGGAUAUUGUUGUUUUCCAUGUGAUUGAUUCUGAAAAUGAGAAUUUGUUGUUAAACACGGAUCUACAAUAUGAUCCAUACAUUAUAAUGAACAACAAUCAGGUUUUGUUUUUGUAUAGUUACAAUCAAACUGUCACACUGGGCUGCGUAAAAGACCUUUUUUCAGAUGGAAUUAAAUUUUUAAAAGUGAAAUUGAAAUAAUGAAUCAUUCAAGGAUCCGAUGGCAUUCUAGGAUACAGUACAUGACUCAGGAAUGAAGAUAAAGUUGAUAAAGCUUAGGACACCCCCAGGAGGACAUUUCUUAGAAGCUGUGGUACAGGACAUGACUCCAGGGGAGUCCGCUCAGUGAAUGGUCAGCUGCAGCAUUCUUUCCAAUCAUUACAUCAGUAACUGAGACAAUUGAUGCACUACAAUGAGACAAUGGCUGAUGAUCACUGGAGUGGAUUUAUGACAUUUUAUUAGCAUUGUUGUCACUAGAAGAUGUGCCAUUAGACAUUGCUUUGCAUGCAUUCUUAAUAGGAUGAUGGCCAUUUUCCUCCAACAAUUCAAGUGAUGUUCUAAACCACUGCACAGUGGUUCUCGUUGAGAGAAUACUGAAAUAAAUAUUUAAGAGAUUUAUUCAUGGGUAUUGUUUGAUAUGCUUUGUUAUACCCUUGUUAUACCCAUGUGCCUUUUUGGUUAACAAAAUAAAAUGAUUGCCGUGUCUGUUCUAGCACAACCACGGAAGGAGAGUGUGAUUCAGUUGCAUGACUUUCUCCUUUGAGAGCAGGCUUGUUGCUUUAACUAGACAGGUUGUCUCAGCAUGGUGUACCCUUUCAGAAGCCAGAAAAGAUUUUAACAAGUAUUCCACAAUCAGUUUUUUCCUUUCAAUGCCCAACAUUAAACUUGAACAUGAAAAAUA